AUGCCGGCAGCAGCGAGCAACAAACGCGUCAAGAACACGCGCAUCUCACGUCCCUUCAGUACCACCCACCUUCCAUCUUCACCAUCGCCAUACCCACAACUAACAAGCAUCCCAGUAAUCGGCUCACAAGCAUGGAACCUCGACCCCGCCGCCCAAACCGACCCCAUCCCCGAAGGCCACACAAAAGGCUGGCGCGUCUACGUAAAACCGCUAGACUCUGGCCCAGAAAUAACAACCUGGCUCAAAAAAGUCCAAUUCAAACUCCACAUGACCUACGCCGAUCCUUCCCGCACCGUGGAAGCCCCUCCCUUUCAAAUCCAAGAAACGGGUUAUGGAGAAUUUGACAUCGAGAUGCGUUUGUACUUUGACAGCAGUUCUGGAGAAAAGGCGCAAUAUAGAUCUCAUAGAUUGAGACUUGAGCCGUUUGGGAGUGAGGAACAGCAGAAGAUGCAGAGGGAUAAUAACAUGGUGACGAGUGAGACGUGUGAGAUUGUCGAGUUCAACGAGCCGAGUCAUGACUUCUUUGCAAAGAUGACGGCAGAGGAUCAAUUCGCUCAUUUGCAAAAGAAGGGCGGUGGUGCAAAGGGAGGAAGAGGCGCAAAGGGAAGAGGUGCGAGGAUCGAGUACGAAGGCGGCAGAGAACCUACUGCAAACCUGCCUGACAGAGGCUCGGAAGCCUUGCCCUUCAGCAGGGAGUUGGAAAAGAAGAUGCUGGACAUGUUGGCCACAGCGCAAAAGGACAUGGACGCCGAGAUUGAGAAGGAAAAGCAGAAAGCUGUGGAUAGGCAGAAGAGGUUGAAGGAGAUUGCAUGA